AUGUCUCUCGGCAGAUAUGCCUACAGGCGCACUAUCCAGCCUUCGUCCAAUGUUCUAAUUGAUCAUAUAUGGAUCAGCGAAGAUCUUCUUGCGUCUACCUUUCGGCGAUUCGCAAACGGCCAACGACGCUAUGAGAGCCGAGUGCCGGGGCCAAUGGAGGCGAGGAGGCGGUUGGCCAAACGACGGAAUACGGCAUUCGCUGGCAUAGCUGGGGCGGGAGCUUUGGAUGAUGUUGCGUGUUUGUUUGGGCGCAAUGGCCGGGAACAUAUGAAAUGGAGCGACAGCCAAUUGGGAAGAGCGACAUCCGAGACUCCGAAUUCUGACUUCUAUCGAUCCUCUUCGUCGUCCGCUUCUCCUCUUCCGUUUUACAGUGAGAAUAUCGAUUCAAGCGAGUCCUUCGGCCAGCCUCAUUGGCAGCGAGGCUCGGGUGCGCCGACAGACGAAGUCCACCGCGAAAUAAAUCUGAAAGAGGCGUUGCGGGGUUGUUAUACAGUCGCUGAGGUCAAAGAUGUGAUUCAGAACCUGGGCGUGGACCCUCAGAGGGACCCAGCCGCCAGCCGCCUGAUAUUCGAGCAUUUGUUGUCGCAUUCUAGCGAGCAUGAACUCAUCGUCUUUCUGAACGACAGAUCUUUGAAUAUUCCAGGGGCGGGGAAUUAUCUGGCUGCUGUCAAAGACCUGGAUUUUCGAGAGGCUGGUCUAACAGAAUUGCCGAUUCUUUGGGAUGUCGUCAUUAGAGCGUUGGAGCUCGGGCUCAUUCAGUCAGAUGAACUUACAGCAAUUGUCGAAAUUCUACCGAACCAAGUUGGGGAAGAAAGCAAUGAUACGGGCGUCUUAAUCGCGCUGUACCAGGAGAUGUGGGAUGCGAUUGGGAAGUGCGGUGUUUAUGGGCACAACGACUUGGACGAGGUAAUCGCUGAUGCGUGGCUUGAAAUCCUGGUGGAUAGCAACACGCCCGACGCCCUUCUUCUGGCGAAACAAAUUCUAGGUGCAACGCACCGGCGGAAUCUAAGAAUCUGUUCCUGGACUCCUUUGCUCAUUACACAGCAGCUGGAGGCAUCGUGUCGCGAAGCAGACAGCAAGUUUGUCAACACACUCUUCAGAAAGUUUACAGGAGACACGAAGCUGGAGAAUAUAAUCCAGGUUACGGAAUUCCUGGUAUCCUCGAAAAAGCAUGAUCUACUCGAAAGAUGGCAAGGCUGCUUGUGUGCCUCGGAGAAUACCCAUAAAAUGAUCUCCCCGCAGGUUUGGACCGAUGUUCGAGCCAUCGAAGACCCGGCCAGCACAUCUCAAAUUUCCUUUCAUCAUCAGAUCAUCCUGCGUCUUUGGGUGUUGAGAUCGCUUAGCAACAGCCUGGUCGGAGGACCACCCUGGAGACCCGGUACAGGAUGGACGGACUAUGUUGCUUACAGCCUUUUGAACAUCUACGGAGCUACCAAAAAGGGGGUCAACCUCGAUGACUUCAUGGAGAGCAUGAGGAAAGGAAUUCAUGACUUGGGUCUGCCAUUCAAUGGUCUACUCAUGUAUAUCUUUGACCUCAAACUGGGAAAGAAGGUGACCAAAGCGGCACGAAAGACCCUGCAGAGGCUAGAGGCCUCAGACAUACCUCUUGGGGAUUCAUUUGCAGACCUGCAAACAUACAACGCCAUGAAGCCGCACAUAUUCUCAGCUUUCGAAAGAACCGUGCGGCAAACGGACGUCACAGAUCCUUCAUUCAUCAAGCACAUGCUUCACAUUGUCCGAAAUGGAAACUCGCGGAAUACCUGGACAUUAAUUCGCCUCCUUCGAAGCCACACCCCCCUCAAAAUAUCGCUGUCCAAAUCGUAUCAACCCAUUCCAGAACCAUCCGAGAAAGCACUUGUGCGAUACUACGAUCAGCCUCGAAGCUCUGAUUGUCCUGACCCCCAUGCUGCGUUGGAAAUGGUCCAUUCACUGGCGACUUCCAUCUCAUGCUCCAGGAAUUUGAGUCCUUGCCGCGCCUACUCCUUGGUCCACUGGCUCUAUGUUUUCCUACUGAAGCAUGGCGCCCCAGUGAGGCCUGUUAUUGCGCGAGCAAUGUACCAUGCUGGUGUUGUGCGAUAUCGAAGGGAAGGCCUGCGCGUUUCACCGACGCAGUAUACGUACAUCAUGGAGGUUGUUAAGAAAUAUGAGGAUCCUGAAUUUGUGGAGGCCCUCGUGUAUACGCCGCAGGCAGGCGACAUGCAUGAAGAAUUGGGCGAUCUCGAAGAGAACGAAUAUAUCUACGGAUAA